AUGACCAUGAACAAGCAAAACCACGUGUUCCUCUUCGUGUCUUUCAUGCUUUUACUGCUGGCGAGAACAUCACUACAACAGCAGAACUCCUCGACCCAGGACACCACCCCCUUGGCUUUCACGCUCGACGAAAACGCACCCAAUGGCCCUAAAGACGGGCUGUAUCUCGGAAUCAGCUUGGCGUCACUACUGGGCGUGCUUUUGUUUGGGCUGAUCAUACGGAGGUUGUAUGAAAAGUGGCUGAAGCGGCGACAGAGACAGAAAGCGAUGGCAGCUGUAGCGGAUGGGCUUGCCAUGAGCACGAUUCGAACCCUUGGGGAAGUACGGUCACCGUCGUUGAUGUCGCCAAGUGUUCUCACGAUGCCGUCCACUCGUGAGAGCGAAGAGCUUCAGGCCGAGAUAUAUCGAGAAAUGGCCGACAGGCUUGUGCGAGGCCUCGAUCCGAUUCCGAUUCCUUCUGCCAGUGCCAGAGCCAGAGCCACCACUUCGCCGAAGCCUACUACGGCGAGGUUACCAGCACAUGGCAAACUCAGUCCACCUCCGCCCCGGAGGUUACGUCCGUCGCAGUCUCAGAGGAGCAAUGCUAGCGCAAAUACAACGAUUCGGAGAGUACAAUCUCAUGGUCAGCAUUUACAUUCUCAUCAUAGUCAGCAGCUUCAGCAGUCGGAUGGAAUUGGACUCAGAGCUCCCGGGAGUCCUGGGAGUGUUCGUGUCCGUCCAACACAUUCUCAUUCCGCCCGCCAGUAUCCGAGUUUGUAUGGUGCGUUGGCUGGCCCUCCUAGUGUAGGAGGACGUUGA